CAAUUCAACGUUGCAGCCGUAGGAGGAACAUUUGAUCACAUUCACGAUGGCCACAAGAUUCUUUUGUCUGUAGCACUUUUCUUAGCUGGUAAGAAACUCAUUGUUGGAGUAACUGGGGCUGCCAUGCUUGUAAAGAAGAAGUUUGCUGAAGUUCUUGAAAGUUAUUCUGUAAGACAGCAAAGUGUAGUCAGCUUCCUCACGCUUGUAUCUAUCGACGACUCCGUUCUGUAUGAGAUAUACGAGAUCAAUGAUAUCUGUGGUCCUACUGGAUUUGUCCGCGAUAUCGACGCCUUGGUAGUAAGCUAUGAGUCAAUCAAAGGAGGCGAGUUUGUAAAUAACUAUAGGAAAGAAAGGGGAUUCCUGACACUUGACGUUAGUGUCAUCAAAGUGAUUGGAGAAGACGAAGUCUCUAGCGACAAUAACUGGGCUGGAAAGCUAAGUUCAACUGAUAUCAGAGAGAAGGAGUCAAAAUUACUAUAG